GUGUUAGUCUUGAUCAGUGAAAUUUUUGAGGAACUGUAGAAAAAUUAAAAAUGUCGGACGGUACUGCAAACUGCAUAGAUAUCAUAUUGGCUAUAAUCCUCCCUCCUCUUGGAGUUUUUCUCAAGUUUGGAUGCAAGGUGGAAUUCUGGAUCUGUCUCCUGCUGACGCUUUUCGGAUACAUCCCUGGAAUCGUAUACGCUGUUUAUGCCAUCACCAAGUGAAGCUUACACUG